GACCGUGUCCAGCAGGAGGCGCUCAUCAACUUCACCUGCCGUAAAACUCGCAGAUGAAAAGCAACGGGUCCGCACAUGCGCAAUCUCUGUGUGGUUCCGUUUCAGCACCGGAGAAAAUGGCUGCGCCCGUAGACCUGGAGCUGAAGAAGGCGUUCUCUGAGCUGCAGGUGAAGAUGAUCGACACGCAGCAGAAGGUGAAGCUGGCUGACCUGCAGAUCGAUCAGCUGACCCGUGUCCAGAAACAUGCUAAGCUAACACACACUGAGAUCACCACGCUGCCCGACAACACACGACUCUACGAGGGAGUCGGACGCAUGUUCAUUCUUCAGUCAAAAGAGGACAUCAAUAAUCAGCUGAUGGACAAACAGAAAACAGCUGACGAGAAGAUCAAAGAGCUGGAGAAGAAGGUGUACCUUGAACGCAGCGUGAAAGAAGCUGAAGACAACAUCAGAGAAAUGCUGCUGUCCAGGCGAGCUCAUUGAUCAGUACUCAUCAAUAUUCAAUAACACGUCAUGUCAGUGACUCCCUGUGUUUCUUGUGUGUUUGUUGUUCUUAUUAAAAUGUUAACGCUUCA